CACUGUAGUGCACGAUCCAGUAAUGGUGGAUACAGGAGAGUUUGAUAUGUCGCGUGUGCAAAUUCUCGUUAUUCUCGGCUCGACAGGAACGGGUAAAUCCCGAUUGGGCAUCGAAUUGGCCCGUAAAUUUUCCGGGGAAAUAAUAUCCGCUGACAGUAUGCAGGUGUACCAAGGGUUGGACAUCAUUACGGCGAAAGUAACACAAGAGGAGAAGGCAAUGGUACCACAUCAUAUGCUCGAUGUUGUUGAUCCACUGGUCAACUACUGUGUCGUUGAUUACAAGAAGAAAGCUCUGCCGAUCAUGAACGAUUUAGUGUCGAGGCGGAAGAUGCCAAUCAUCGUGGGAGGCACGAACUAUUACAUCGAGUCACUGCUGUGGCAGAUUCUCGUUGAGGAUCCAGAGGCGUCUGGGAAUACGAGGAGACAUGAUGAUGGGCAUUUCGUCGAUCGAAAGAAGAGGGAGUGUGAGAACGAGGCUGAUGAUCACAAUAAGACUAAAAUUAUUUCUCAAUCGUUUGAAGAACCACCGGAUAAAGAGGAAUGCGCGAACAAUACAUACACAUGCCACAAAAAAAUGAAGUUCGAUGAUCCAAUUGAAACGAAUGAGGCAUUGCAUAGGCGACUGUCCCAAAUCGAUCCGGAAAUGGCACGUCGACUGCAUCCAAACAACAGACGGAAAGUUAUCAGAUCUCUGGAAGUUUUCGAGAAUCAUGGGACGACAUUAUCGGAUAUUCUGAAGGCCCAACGGAGUGCCGGUGGUUCGGGUCUCGGUGGUCCUCUACGAUUUCCAAAUUCCCUCAUUCUGUGGCUGCGAUGUGAUCAGAAAAUAUUGGACGAGAGGUUGGAUAAAAGAGUGGAUGCUAUGCUAAAUGCAGGUCUCGUUGAAGAACUUCAAAAUUUUCAUGGGCGCUAUAACAAGCAGUGGAUUAAACUGAACUCGUCACCCGAUUACACGAAAGGCAUCUUUCAGUCGAUUGGCUUCAAGGAGUUUCACAAUUACCUGAUUCUGCCUGAGGACGAGAGAAAUAGUGAAAAGGGUCGAGCCUUACUCAAACAGGGCAUCGACGACUUGAAACUUGUCACGAGAAGAUAUGCCAGACGCCAACAGAGAUGGACAAUGAAUCGACUUAUCAGGAGGAUGGACAGACAGGUACCACCUGUCUAUGAAUUGGAUUGCACAAAUAUCGACGAAUGGGAUACCAACGUUUUGAAACCAGCGAUAGAAAUAGUGAAUGCAAAACUAAGAGGAGAAACACCAGCACAGAAGCCCAUCAAUGAAAACGUUGAAAAUGAAAAGUGCACAGACAGCAGUAAUGAAGAAGCACAUUGGUGUGAGAUCUGUGAGAAAGUGUUAAUUGGAGAAUUGCAAUGGCGAGAACACAAGAAUGGUGCGAAACAUAAAAAAAUGAUGGAGAAGAAAAAGAUACUGAUUGCGGCGGCUUUGAACCAGACUACAAUACCAUCAAUAUUUUAGUCCACGCCAGUGGGGCCUCAAUCUUUUCUCUGAGACAAAAUGAACAUAACACAUGGGUGUUAUAUUUUCCCUUUUCUUUUUCAUUUUUCUUACAGCAAUGUACAUACCUGGUGUUGAAUGUUAAUAUCUACCAGUGAAUAGUAGUUCUUAUACCCAGAAAGAUUUGAAAUACUAUCUGUUAUUGAAUUUAA